GGCUGAGACCCAGAUGUUGCCCGGUGUGGCUGCGUACCGCGCCCGCCACUUUCUUCCCUUCUGUCGCCUCUUACCCGCGUGGGUCUGAGAUUCAGGCCGGAUUUGGUUCAGCGGGAAGCUGUGGACAGGGCUCAAACUCCAGAUGUUGACAGCGGGAUGAUGGCGAAAGAGGAGAUGACUUGGAGCCAGUUAUCUGGGUUCCAGUCAGGACUCCCCAGUGAUCUCUGACAAAGCGCUCCUGCUGGUUGAACGCGCUCCGUGCUCGGGUAGCGACCAGCUGACGCCGGCCCCGCCCCGAGACGAGCGUUCCCGGUGCGCAAAUGCAAAGAGUGCAGAGACAGCCUUUGCGUCCUAGGGGCGGGGCUCCUGGAGAAACAGCUCUCUUGCGCGCCCAAUCGCAAAUGACGUUCUUCGCGUACCCCGCCCUCUGCGCGAGAGACCCAAUCAACAUCGACCGCGAACGCGCGGAGGCGGUAGUGCGUCAGGAGUUGCUGGGUCAGUUUCCCCGGGUCCCCGGAGUCUUCGCGGGAUGUCGGUGGCUUUCGUCCCCAACUGGAUGAGAGGCAGGGCGGAAGUCAAUCAGGAGACUAUCCAGCGGCUCCUGGAGGAGAAUGACCAAUUGAUCCGCUGUAUCGUGGAGUAUCAGAACAAGGGUCGAGCAAACGAGUGUGUCCAGUACCAGCAUGUGUUACAUAGAAAUCUCAUUUAUUUGGCUACCAUCGCAGAUGCCAGCCCAGCCAGUGCCACAAAAACAGUGGAAUAAUUCCAGUUGACAAGUAUGAGGACUAAGUGAAAAUAAUCCAUUUCCUAUGAAAUGGAGGGCUUAAAAACACAAAUAAAACCUUUGUGACUCUUAGGAACAUGGGCGAAAAAACUACUAAAUUAACAGUUCUCAAUGUAAAUUUAAAAUUAAGUGGAGUCCCUCCAGUUGUCCUGUUUCCUGAAAUAGGCAUACUGGAUAUCAAAUACAUCAUGGGCAUUGUGAAGCUUUUUAGUUUCAACCUGAAAAGAAACUGAUCAGUUGUUGGCCCAUCAACAAGAAUUGAAACACCUCCCGACUGAGACCCUGCCAGGUCGACCUCUAACCUGUGCUCCCUCCCACUGGUUUAUAGUUGUAGAUGCCCUGACUUCUCUGUCAGGCUGCUUUAAAAUAAAGCGUGCCUUUCCA